CUCACAUAUAUCUAGCAAAGAAAGGCAAAGGCAGAUAUUGAACGAUGUUCUGUGCCUGCCUCCCAUGGAGCCAUACAACCUUUCAAGCCUGGCUGAAUUUGUGCUCCUUGGUUUCCCCAAAGUGGGACAUGUCAGGGGCUGGCUUUUUGUCCUGCUGCUGUUGGCAUACCUGUUCACUAUUUGUGGCAACAUGCUCAUCUUCUUAGUCAUACGACUGGAUGCAGCUCUACAUACACCCAUGUACCACUUUGUCAGUAUUCUCUCCUUCUUGGAGCUGUGGUAUACAGCCACCACCAUCCCAAAGAUGCUAGCUAAUCUUCUCAGUGAUAAGAAGACCAUUUCUUUUUCAGGAUGCCUCCUUCAGACCUAUUUCUUCCACUCCUUAGGGGCCUCUGAAUGCUACCUUCUUACAGCAAUGGCCUAUGACCGAUACCUGGCCAUCUGCCGGCCCCUCCACUACCCUGCAAUUAUGACCUCAGCACUUUGUGCCAAGAUGGCUGCUGGUUGUUGGACUUGUGGCUUCCUGUGUCCCAUUUCUGAAGUCAUCCUGAUCUCCCAGCUCCCUUUCUGUGGCUACAAUGAAAUCCAACACAUCUUCUGUGACUUUCCACCUCUUCUGAGCCUGGCCUGCAAGGACACUUCCAUUAAUGUCCUGGUGGACUUUGCCAUCAAUGCCUUUAUCAUCCUUAUCACCUUCCUCUUUAUUAUGGUGUCUUAUGGGAGAAUCAUUGGGGCUGUACUGAAGAUAAAAACAACAGCAGGAAGAAAGAAAGCCUUCUCUACGUGUGCCUCACAUCUUACUGUGGUCCUCAUCUUUUUUGGAAGCAUCAUCUUCAUGUAUGUGCGGCUAAAGAAGAGCUAUUCACUGACCCUUGAUCGGACACUUGCUGUAGUUUAUUCUGUACUAACACCACUGAUCAACCCAAUUAUCUACAGUCUCCGUAACAAGGAACUCAUUAAGGCCAUUAGGAGAACCAUCUUCCAGAAGGGAGAGAGAGCCAGUCCCAUGCACCACUGACUUUUGAUUAAGGCUUUUCUUCCACUUCAAUGUUGGUCUCAUAAAAGUUCUAUGUACCAUUGCACAUAUGUAUCAAUGUGCCUUGAAUAAUCGUCCCAUCAUCACACACGCAACAAAUCUUAUUUCCACUUACCUUCUCAAAGACUUUAUUCCUUUAUGUUUUCUUCUAUUUCCUGCAUCUUUAUACUUUUGUUUUUUCCUUGAAGAUUUCUUCCAGCAUUUAAGAAUACUUUAGUAUCUCCAUUCUCAAAAACAAACAUACACAUUUCCUUCAUUACAAAUUUCCAACCAGCUAGAGGUCUACUUUACCAUUCCCUUUUCCAAUCAAACUUCAUCAUAUCAAACAUUUUUUCAGUAUUAGUAAUAGCACAAUCUUCUGUUCUUUACUUAUUCACUUUUUGAUCCUUUCCAAUCUGAUUUUGGCUCAAAUCUUUCAAUGAAUAUUUUGCCCAGGUCAGUAAUGACCUCCAAACUGCCAAAUCCAUUAGACCCUUCUUGUCAUUCCUCUUUCUUGAACUUAUGAUACACUUAACUGAUUCUUCUCUUAAAAAAAAAUCUUGUCUCUUAGAUUCCAUGCUAUCCUUGUUUCAUAAUUUUCUCCUUAUCUCUCAAAUUGGUCUUCAUCAGUCUUUUUUUGUCCUGUAGCACUAUCUUUCUAGGUGCUCAGAGUUAUUCCUACAGAUUUAAAUUCCAUACCUAACUAUGCCAACAACUCUUGUACUUAUAUCUCCAAACCAGAAUUCUUUUCUGAGGUUCAGACUUAUAUACCCAAAUACCUCUUAACAACCGUAUCUGUAGUUAAAUGCUCCACCACUGAGCUAUACCCCCUUAACAAACUUAUCUGGAUAUAGCCCAGGAAUUUAAAACUUAACAUGUAAAAAAUGAGGAUUUCUUUUCCUUCUAGUCUC